CGUAUGUGGGGACGCUCAGAGUCUACAACUCUUGCAAUCCAUUCGGCUGAGCCCGAACCGAGCCGGACUGUGCUAAAGCUGCUCGUCAAUGGCGGCCACCGGCGGUGGUGCUCCUCCUCCUCCGCCUCCUAAAAUUCUAUUGGCUAAGCCCCCAGGCCUUGUACCUCCCGGUAAGUUCAUCCGCGGGGGAUCCACCGCGGACGAUGAUUCCACCUCCAUCCGCUCUCGCCUUCCGUCCGUCGGAUCUCUCAACCUCCUCUCCGAUUCUUGGGAUUUCCACACCGAUCGCAUCCUCCCCUUUCUGACCGACAAUACUGAUUUCACGGUGGUUGGGGUGAUCGGUCCGCCUGGGGUGGGCAAGUCGACGAUAAUGAACGAGCUCUAUGGCUUCGAUGGAACCUCACCUGGAAUGCUACCACCCUUCGCGACACAGUCAGAGGAAACCAGAGCAAUGGCUAGGCACUGCACUGCUGGCAUUGAACCACGAACUUCUGCUGAACGUAUCAUACUUCUUGAUACGCAGCCUGUAUUUAGCCCUUCUGUCUUAGCUGAGAUGAUUAGGCCUGAUGGCUCAUCCACAGUUCCAGUAUUAGGCAGUGAAUCUCUAUCUGCUGAAUUGGCUCAUGAGCUGAUGGGUAUCCAGCUUGGUGUUCUCCUAGCAUCAAUUUGCCAUAUUAUAUUGGUAGUAUCAGAGGGAGUGCAUGACACUAACAUGUGGCGCCUGAUGAUGACGAUAUUGCAGAUAGACUUGUUGAAACAUGGUAUACCCGAUCCAUCUUCUCCUGCACUUUCCCUUUCACAGUCCUCUAGCCUGGGUUCUGAAAAAGAAAGCAAAGAUAAGAUUCAGGAGCCUGGAGAAGAGUACAUGGCAACUCCAGUUUUUGUACAUACAAAACUGCGAGACCAAGAUCUGGCCCCUCAUAACUUCAUGCAACUAAAGAAGGCGCUUACACAAUAUUUCAGCACCUCUUCUUUCAUGGCAAGUAAACACCAAAUUCCUGGCACUCUUAAUAACACGAGCAACGAUCCAGACUCGAAUUUGCUGAAUUUAUUUCUUCUUCCAUUUAAAAGUAGAGAUGACUCCCUGAGCCCACAGCAUGAGAGUUAUUCGUCUAUGUUAUGGAAAUUACGUGAUCAGGUUUUAUCCAUGAGUGCCCCAUUAUAUUCUCAGGUUUUAUCCAUGAGUGGCCCAUCUUUCGCGCGGACAGUGUCUGAACGCGGCUGGCUGAAGAACUCUGCCAAGAUAUGGGAACUGAUUAAAAACUCUUCCAUUAUUGCAGAGUAUAGCAGAACACUACAAAGUUCAGGCAUGUUUAGACGAUAGAUUUGAACUUAAACCUCCUGUUUGGUAAACUUUUCACCCUUUAUUCAUGCAAAUGGAACAAAUAGUCUUUUAUCUGGUUUGGACUUCGGAUUCUGACAAGCUAGUAGCCUGGCUAUUGUUCGCCUAAAAUUUGUAUGUUUUAAGUACUUUUAGUUAUUUGUGUAAUCUAUCUCGGGCAACAUCCCCAUAACUUAAAUUA